CAGCAGCCUGAUCCGCUCUUUUCCCCCUAGGCUGUGUGAAGCCCUCCCUGGGCAGCCGGGCCGCAUGGCACUGGGAGGCUUCAAGGGCUCCUGGCUGGCCUUCCACGUGGGCAUCGUGACCGGCUUCAUCAGCACCUUCUACUUGCUCAAUGGCCUGCUCUGGCCGCAACCCCCGGACCCCGAGAGCCAGACGCCCCACCUUGAUGCCUGGGUCGUCCAGCACCCGGCGCUCCUCAGUGCUGGCCACCCGCACCUCUCAGGGGAGGUCAGCACGACUGCGGCCGAGCUGUAUAGCAAGGUGCGGAUCCUGUGCUGGGUCAUGACGGGCCCCAGCAACCUGGAGACCAAGGCCCGGCACGUCCAGGCCACGUGGGCGCGGCACUGCAAUGUGGUGCUGUUCAUGAGUUCGGUGCAGGACGACGGCUUCCCCGCCGUGGGGCUGGACACUAAGGAAGGCCGGGACCAGCUGUACUGGAAAACUAUCCGGGCCUUCCAGUACGUCCACCAGCACCACCUGGAGCAGGCCGACUGGUUCCUCAAGGCGGACGACGACACCUUUGUGGUGCUGGACAACCUGCGCUGGCUGCUGGCCAACCACACACCUGAGGAGCCCGUCUACUUCGGGAAGCGCUUCAAGCCCUACGCCAAGCAGGGCUACAUGAGCGGCGGGGCCGGCUACGUCCUCAGCAAGGAGGCCCUGAGGCGCUUCGUGGAGGGCUUCAGGACCCAGGUGUGCAGCCACACCACCUCGGUGGAGGACCUGGCCUUGGGCCAGUGCAUGGAGAAGAUGGGGGUGCGGGCGGGGGACUCCCGGGACGCCGCUGGGCGGGAGACUUUCCACCCCUUUGGGCCCGAAUCCCACCUCACCGGGAAGUUCUCCAAGAGCUUCUGGUACUGGAAGUACUGCUACUAUCCCAUUGUGGAGGGCCCCCAGUGCUGCUCCGACCUGGCCAUCUCCUUCCACUACGUGAACCCCGAGCUUAUGUAUACCCUGGAGUUCCUGACCUACCACCUGCGGGCCUAUGGUUACCGCUACCGCUACCAGCCGCCCCUGCCGGAGAACGCCGCUCGGCUGCUGCAGCGCCAGGGCUGGCCGAAGGCGGCCAACGCUACGCUGCUGGUGCAGGGCACCAAGAAACUGUAGUGGGGCUGGGAGGAGGCGGUCGGUCCGGGAUCGGGCUCUGUGCCUGAUGUGGGGCUGGCGUCCUGGGCGAGCCGUGGCCAGGAGCCACGGCCACGUGGCAGCCCCGGAACUGGAUAAUGGAGGGGGCUGUCUCGGGCUAGCUGCCAUCCCAGUUGGCACUAACUGCCCCCCUUGCUGGUAGAGGGACCCCCCAUAGAGGGUCCUCUCCAGGGCAGGGGCAGGCCUGGGGUGAGGGGUUCAGCCUCCUGGCCCGUGUCUCUGAUGCCAUGCUCCUGCCCUGGCCCCAUCCAACAGACCCGAUCCCUAGGAGAUGCCUGGAGCCCAACCAAUGGUGACUUGGGGAAGGGGAGGCUGGAGCUACAUUUGGUGGUGAGGGAGGGUCCUCGCACCCUCCCCUCCCCUCCCCCCACAGUCAAUAGGGCAGGGUCACAAGGCACAGGGAAGAUGAGGCAGGUAGCCCAGGCCACUGAGGGGCCUUUCAGGCUCUGUCUGAUGGGCCCUUCCAGGAGGGGAUGAGUCUGGAUCAGUCCAUGGAAGGCUUUAUAAUGGGGGUAGCAGCCAUCUUCCCUCCCCCCCCCCCCCACUGCCCAGGGGGGCCUGAAGGGUGUGAGGUCUGAGGAAGGCACACGGGGGAAAGGAAGCGGGUAGGUUUCCCAUUGUGGGGGGAGGAGCUGGGACGCCAUGAUGAGGGGCACAUGGGGUGGCAUGUGAUGGUGGCGGCAAGGAGUUCUGGGAGCAGGGUCUGGCUGGGCUGGAGAGAGGCCCUUGGCAGUGGGGACGAAGGGGCGGGCGGGCAUGCGAGAGGCAGAAGCGCUGCCCUUGGCUAGAGGUGCACGGCCCCCAACCAAUCGCAAAUUGUGGGUGGAGAAAAACCCCGUGGCAAGCCACGGUCAAUACCACUAAACGGUGAGGGGGCCAAGGGUGAUACCACCGCCUCCAGGUUUGGCUGGAGCCCUGCCACGGAUCAGUCCACUGCAUGGUGAGGGGGCCAUGGGCAAUACCACCAUAGGCUGAGCUGGAGCCCUGCCACAGAUCGGACCACUACGGGUGAGCAGGCCAUGGAUCAUACCACUGCAUGGCGAGGGGGCUAUGGCCGAUACCACUGCCAGCUAAGCUGGAGUGCUGCCAGGGAUCAGACCACUGCAGGGUUAGGGGGCCACAGGCUGAGCUGGAGCCCUGCCACGGAUCAUACCACUGCACGGCAAGCAGGAGCUCGGCAAUAGAUUGUACCACGGUUGGGUGAUGGGGCCAAGGAUCGUACCACUUUGGGGUGAGCAGGGACCCCGCAGCGGAUGGCACCACUUCACAGCUCACUCGUGGCUUGUGAAAUGCCCGUGGCAGCCCCCCCCCCCCACGUGGUGCACUGGAGCAGGGGGUCUCAUCACUGUCCUCAUGGGAGAAGCAAGGGGCCAAUGGGGCUUUGGGGUGAAUAAACCCUGCUUUGGUUUUUGUAAAGAAAUGGCCUGGUUUUAGCUUCCCUGCGCCGGGGCCCUGCGGCUGGGUCCGGGCUCUGGCUACGUAGCAGCGCCCAGGGCGGAGCGGGUGCUGACCGCGGUGCCCACAGGGCCCAGCUAUGCCCAGCCCCAAUGGGUGGGUUGAGCCCAGCCUGGGGGCACCUGCACUCGCCAGUCAGUGCUGACUCCUCGGCGUGGCAGUGGGGUGGGGCGCCUGCCCCACCCCCAUGCGAGAGGGGGCUAGAGUAGGCCAGAGAGGCUGUGCAGGCCGACAGCCAAUCAAGAAAGGGCUCGCUGAGAGCCAAUCAGGGCUCAGCUUGGCCCUAUAUAAAGGCUGCCCAGACGACCAGCAAGCAGUUGGUCCCAGGCCUUUGACAGGGGAAGGUCAGUCUCCAGAGCUGGGAGACUAGCACCUGCACAGCGCAUUGCUGGCCAGGCUUGGGGAGCAGAAGGGAGCUCUAGCCCGUAGCCUGCCAGGCUGCAGGCCCUGAAGGGAAGGGCCUAGUGGGUGCAAGGGGCUGUAGGGGAAGCGGCCCAAGGAAGCGGACAGACGAGGGGGGAGGAGGAGGAGGACGGCGAGGCUGCCGCCAGAGGGUCUCUGGGCUGGGACCCAGAGUAGAGGGCGGGCCUGGGUCCCCCCCCCUUGCAGUACACCAAGCCAUCGGCCGUAGGGAGCAGCCAUCAUAGACAACACCAGAUCCCUGACGAGGGAUUAGACUUUGGGGUGUGUGAUUGGACAUGGUGACUAGGGCAUAGAGAGACUACUGAUUCCCCCCCCGCCCAGAAGGGGGUGUGGAUGGACUAAGGGCAUAGCUGGAGGGCAGUGGUCCUGAAGAGGACACCGUGAGCUGGAGAGUGACGUGGGCUCAAGACGCCAACCAAGGGCGAGACAACGGGUGGGACACCACUAGGAGAGGGUGCUCCACUGGACUGAGCUAAUUUCCGGAGACAACCAGCCGGAGGCAAGUCCCAAACCUGUCACAGGCAGGGUCAGAACAGGCGGCUGCUGGCAUCUUGGUGGGGGUGGGGCUGCAUACAGGGCAGGGGGACUUGGCCGGGGUUCGGGCAGGGGCCCUGAGGCUGAUCAGCGCCAGGCAGGACAGGUUUCCUGCACCCACUUUGUGGCUGGGGUCAGAAUCCAGGUGUGACAAACUGGGACUGUUCUUACUGUGGUCUUUGAAUGCUGACAGGGGAGUGUGGCUGGGAUGGUCUGCAUUGGGGGAUGAGAGACUGACCGAUGGAGAAUACCUG